GAAGGCUUGUCCCACCGAGCAUUGUUGGCGUGUUUGGAUGAUCCAGUGUUCUGUUUGAGCGUUCAGAGUGGACUUUUCCCGUCCUUAUUCGUCUCUUGGAUGUUUGUCAAAUGUCCGGCUUUCAGGCUCUUUCAGGUUUACCUUUGGAGGUCCAGCAGCUGCCAGUGAACAAAGAAGAUGUUUCCCCUGAGCAGCAGGAGAAGAGCUCCAGUGUAAACCAGGAGAUUAGCAAGCCUCUGAGAAUUAAAGAUGAACCUGAGGAACUGUGGAACAGUCAAGAGGGAGAGCAGCUUCGAGGUCAAGAGGAACAUAACACAAACAAGUUCACUUUUGUUCCUGUCCCCGUGAAGAGUGAAGAUGAUGAAGAGAAACCUCAGUCCUUUCAGCUUCAUCAAAAACAAACCGAACAGAUAGAAGUGUAUAGCUCCUCUGUGUCCAAAGACGUAAAACCCUUUGGCUGCUCUGAGUGUGGUAAGAGAUUUACAAAAAAAGGAAGUUUAACUGUUCACAUGAGAAUUCACACAGGGGAGAAACCAUUUGUUUGCUCAGUGUGUGGCAGAAGAUUUAGUUGUGUGGGAAGUUUGACCAGACACAGGGUUGUUCAUACCAGAGAAAAACCAUACAGCUGCUCUGUGUGUGGUAAGAGGUUUACUCAAAAAGGAAGUAUGAUAGUACACAUGAGAACUUACAAAGGAGUAAAACCCAUCAGCUGCUCUGAGUGUGGCAAAGUUGUUCACGGUAAAGAAGGUUUGGACAUUCACAUGGUAGUUCAUACUGGAGAAAAACCCUUCAGCUGCUGUGUGUGUGGUCAGCGCUUUACCCAAAAGGGAAGGAUGACCUCACACAUGAAAAUUCACAGAAAUGAACCUGAGGUACUGUGGAGCAAUCAAGAGGGAGACGAGCUUCGAGGUCAAGAGGAGCAUAACAUAAUCAAGUUCACUUAUUUUCCUGUCACUGUGAAGUAUGAAGAUGACGAAGAGAAACCUCAGUCCUCACAGCUUUAUGAACAACAAACCAAACAGAUAGAAUCAGGAGCAGAUAGAGCCGACUGUGGAAGACCAGGAGCAUCCACAUCCUUCGAUCCAGAGAGAAAUUUACAACCAGAGAUUGAGGUCAAGAUUGAAGACUCUUCUGAAGCUGAGACUGAUGACAGCACUGAUUGGAGGGAGAAGACAGAACGGCAGUCAGAUUUAAUGUCAGUGGAAAAAAGCAUGAGAAAAAGAGCAAAGCCUGAAAAAGAAUUGCAUAAAUGCUUGGUGUGUGGCAGAAGAUUUAAGACUAAACAAGUUUUGCAUAAUCACAUGGUAGUUCAUACCAAAGAAAAACCCUUCAGCUGCUCUGACUGUGGUCAGGAAUUUACCCGAAGAGACAGUUUGACAAGACACAAGAGAACUCACACAGGGGUAAAACCUUAUGGCUGUUCAGUGUGUGGUCAGAGAUUUACACAAAAAGGAAGUGUAACUAAGCACAUGAUAAUUCACACAGAUGAGAAGCCAUUUAUCUGCCCUGUGUGUGGCAAAAGAUUUAAAAGAGAACUAGCCUUGACCACACAUAUGGUGCUUCAUACUAGAGGAAAAUCAUACAGCUGCUCUGUGUCUGAAGAAGUAAAGCCUUUCAGCUGCUCCGUGUGUGGUCAGAGAUUUACACAACGAGGAAGUUUAACUGUUCAUAUGAGAAUUCAUACAGGAGAGAAACCAUUUGCUUGCUCUGUGUGUGGCAAAAGAUUUAAUCGUGUAGGAAGUUUAGCAUCACACAGGGUAGUUCACACCAGAGAAAAACCCUUCAGCUGCCCUGUGUGUGGUAAGAGAUAUACUGCAAAAGGAAGUGUGUUGGUACACAUGAGAACUCACAAGGGAGUGAAACCCUUCAGCUGCUCUGAGUGUGGCCAUUUUUUUUACAGCAAGGAAGAUUUGGACAAUCACAUGGUAGUUCAUACUGGAGAAAAACCCUUUGGCUGCUGUGUGUGUGGUCAGCGCUUUACCCAAAAAGGAAGUUUGACCUCCCACAUGAAAAUUCACAGAGAUGAAAUUCUCUGUUCUCUGUGUGGCAAAAGAUUUUACUGUCAAUUAAGUCUGACCAGACACAUGUCAAUACAUACCAGAGAAAAACCCUUCAGCUGCUCUGAAUGUGGUAAGCGAUUUACUCACAGGGAGAGUGUGACAGUACACAUGAGAAUUCACAAAGGAGAAAAACCGUACAGUUGCUCUGAGUGUGGCCAGAGAUUUACCCAGAGAGGAAGUUUGACUUCACACAUGAGAAUUCACACAGGUGAGAAACCAUUUGCCUGUUCCCAGUGUGGCAAAAGAUUUAACCGGCAAACAAAUUUGACCACACACAUGGUAAUUCAUACCAGAGAAAAAAACUCUAGUCACUCUGCUGCUAUGAGUGUGGCAGCAUAUUCAACUUAAUGUAUUACCCUAGAGCUUGUCUGAAAAUUCACAGAAAAGAGAAACUCUUCAGCUGUUCUACAUGUGAAUAAACACUUUACCAAAAGUAUGACCAGUUACAUGAAAAUUCACCGGAGAGAAACUCCUUAGUUGGUCUCUGUCUGGUAGAACAUUCACAGAAGAUUGUACCUUGACCCUUAACCAAGGUAAAAAUGCUCUGACACCCUGAGUGUGAUAAACAUUUAGUCAGCAGGAUUAUCCAACACAAUGCAUGACAAUUUAUAUACAUUAGAAACCUCCUGCUGCUCUCUUUGUAGCAAUAAAUUUUAAGACACUGUUAAAAAGGCUCUUGUUUAUAAUACUGUUCUGUGAGCCUGUCCUUUUAAGACUGCUGGACAGAGAGACAGAGAAAACACAUUUCUACAAGCUGCUGUAAGAAGGAGAGAUUGGCCCUUUUUCCUGGCACCAGAAAGUCAUCUCAGCUGGUAUAAAGUUUGCAAUUAAAAGCUUGAUAGGAAUGGGACUUGUGUGUCCAUGAAACAAGUAAGUGCUUGUGUUUUAUUUUGAAGUUUAUUCUUAUAUCAAUCAUUCAUUAUCAUUUAGCCAUGUUUGGAAAGUAAUGUAAGUAGAGUAAUUUUGCAGACAACUCGUAAAGAAUUGUUUGCAAGUAAACUUUGUGUUUAGUAUAGCCAUUUUGUAAAAGAGAGGAGAUUAGUUGUGGCACGCAUGCACACAGUUUAGGAGCAAUUAAGUCUUGGCUACGUUUAAGGCAGAGUGUGCCUCUUCAGUCUUGUGUGUACAAAGCACUUAGUUACUUUGUGUAAUUGUGUACUAUUUCAUCUGAAUUUGUUUCUUCUGAUUAUUGUAGAAACCACAAACAUGCCUGUAAA